AUGGAUUGCAUGCUUGUAAUGGGAGGUAUUAUAGCUUGUCUUUCAGUAUUGGUUUCGAUGUAUAGCUUAAGAGGAAAGAAGAAUCGCAGAGCUCUAGUGAAGAGCUUCAAAGAUAAAACUUUGAGGAGUUCCAAAAAAGAAAAUUGCCAAUCUGAGAUAGCUACAACACCUGACAUAUUAAUUGUUGGGGCGGGUGUUGCUGGUUCGGCCCUUGCAUACGCUCUUGGCAAGGAUGGUCGCCAAGUGCAUGUAAUAGAGAGGGAUUUGAGUGAGCCUGAUAGAAUUGUUGGUGAACUCCUACAGCCUGGUGGCUAUCUGAAGCUGAUUGAAUUGGGUCUCGAAGAUUGUGUGGAAGAGAUUGAUGCUCAACAAAUUUUUGGAUACGCUAUUUACAAGGAUGGCAAAAGUACUAAGCUACCCUAUCCUUUAGAGGGUUUUCAGUCAAACGUAGCUGGAAGAAGCUUUCACAAUGGGCGUUUCAUACAAAGAAUGCGGGAAAAGGCUGCAUCUCUUCCCAAUGUAAGAUUAGAACAAGGAACAGUAACAUCACUUCUUGAGCAAGAAGGAACUGUUCAAGGGGUGAAUUACAAAACUAGAAAUGGUCAAGAGAUGACUGCAUAUGCUCCCCUAACGAUAGUAUGUGAUGGAUGUUUUUCAAAUUUGCGGCGAUCUCUCUGCAACCCAAAGGUUGAUAUUCCCUCUUGUUUCGUUGCGAUGGUGCUAGAGAAUUGUGAACUUCCUUAUGCAAAUCAUGGACACGUUAUUCUAGCUGAUCCAUCUCCCAUCUUGUUUUACCCUAUCAGCAGCACUGAGGUUCGUUGUUUAGUUGAUAUUCCAGGACAAAAAGUUCCCGCCAUUUCCAAUGGUGAAUUGGCAAAGUACUUAAAAAGCAAGGUGGCUCAGCAGAUCCCUUCUGAGCUAUAUGAUGCUUUCAUAUCUGCAAUUGAGAAAGGAAGCAUAAGAACAAUGCCUAACAGAAGCAUGCCAGCAUCUCCGUACCCAACUCCAGGUGCCCUGCUCUUGGGUGAUGCAUUUAACAUGCGCCAUCCUUUAACUGGAGGAGGAAUGACUGUGGCACUCUCCGAUAUAGUUCUUUUAAGGGAACUUCUUAAACCUCUGCGCAAUCUAAAUGAUGCAUCUGCACUUUGCAAAUACCUUGAAUCCUUUUAUACUCUUCGAAAGCCGAUGGCAUCUACAAUAAAUACAUUAGCAGGUGCCCUUUAUAAGGUUUUUUCUGCAUCAACUGAUAUAGCAAGAAAUGAGAUGCGACAAGCAUGUUUUGAUUAUUUGAGUCUUGGAGGCGUCUUUUCAAAUGGACCGAUAGCUCUACUCUCAGGGCUAAAUCCUCGCCCAUUAAACCUAGUCUUACAUUUCUUUGCUGUGGCCAUCUAUGGACUUGGCCGCUUAGCGCUUCCAUUUCCUUCACCUAAAAGCAUUUUUAUCGGUUCUAAAUUGAUUUUGACCGCAUCAAGUAUCAUUUUUCCCAUAAUGAAGGCAGAAGGAGUUGUACAAGUGCUCUUCCCAAUAACCAAGCCAGCAUAUUAUAAGGCUACUCAUGCUUAUUGA